AUGUGCUACGACCGCUACGUGUCCAUCUGCAAACCCCUGCACUACGGGACCCUCCUGGGCAGCAGAGCUUGUGCCCACAUGGCAGCAGCUGCCUGGGCCAGUGCCUUUCUCAAUGCUCUCAUGCACACAGCCAAUACAUUUUCCCUGCCCCUGUGCCAUGGCAAUGCCCUGGGCCAGUUCUUCUGUGAAAUCCCACAGAUCCUCAAGCUCUCCUGCUCACACUCCAACCUCAAGGAACUUUGGCUCAUUGCUGUUAGUUCCUGUUUAGCAUUGGGCUGUUUUGUGUUCAUUGUUUUCUCCUAUGUGCAGAUCUUCAGGGCUGUGCUGAGGAUCCCCUCUGAGCAGGGACGGCACAAAGCCUUUUCCACCUGCUUCCCUCACCUUACAGUCGUCUUCCUGUUUUUUAGCACUGCCAUAUUUGCCCACCUGAAGCCUUCCUCCAUCUCCUCCCCAGCUCUGGACAUGGCCCUGUUAGUUCUCUACUCAGUGGUGCCUCCAGCCCUGAACCCCCUCAUCUACAGCCUGAGGAACAAGGACCUCAGUGCUGCAGUGAGGAGACUGAUGAUUGGAUGGUAUCACAAACAUUAA